ACAGUGUAUCUCCUGUGCUGGACCCUUCUGACUUGAUCCUGACUCGAGGAACUUUGGAUGAAGAGGAUGAGGAAGCCGACAGUGAUACUGAUGACAUUGACCACAGAGCCUUCAUCAGAGGAGCUUCGUAUAGAGUGGGCAGUGGUAAUGCAGAAACCAACAACUGGCCAAAGUGCUUAGAAGUGAUGGUGGAGUGCUCAGCCCUAAAGGGGACAGAAUCUCACCUCCUUCCAGACUCAGGGAACAUGAUCGAAGAGGUGGGCAGAAAGAACUUAAGAGCCAGAGUAUGGAAAGAUGUGUAG